CAGGAGUAUGCCGGGCCAGCUGGUGUGCCCUAACCCGCCCGUAACGCCCUGAAGGCACCGUAAAUACCUCUUCACUGGUAACCCCAGGCGCACAUGGGGUCUGAGGAGGCGAGGGUGAGGCCAGCUGACACGAUCCACUGCAGUGAGGGGAAAAGUCGUGGCCGUAGAGGACAGUAAGGAACCUUGAGUGUGCGAGAUCGGUGUCCCAACGUGUCUGACUGCAGGAGUAAAGGACCUUCGUAGGGGUCUGAGAGGUUGAGUCGCAGCCAUGGUGAAGGAAACGGAGUACUAUGACCGCCUGGGGGUGUCUGCUGACGCCACCCAGGAGCAGCUGAAGAAGGCGUACAGAAAACUGGCACUCAAGUACCACCCCGACAAAAACCCUGAAGGGGGCGACAAGUUUAAGCAGAUUUCCCAGGCGUACGAGGUGCUGUCCAACCCGAAGAAGAGGGCGUUAUAUGACGACGGAGGUGAAGAGGCGCUGCAGAGCGGCGGUGGCUUCAGGAACCCCAUGGACGUGUUCAACAUGUUCUUCGGCGGCGGCAUGGGGGGCGGCUCUGGCGAAGAAGACGAGGACGACGACUUGGGUGGCUUCAGCUUCUUUGGCCCAGGUGGUGGCGGACGAGGAAGGCGCCGUCAGCCCCCUCCCAUGGAGCACCGGCUGGUUGUGUCCCUGGAGCAACUGAUGGUCGGUGGCUGGCGAACCCUCAAGUUAGACAGAAAGAGGCCCUGCGGCACCUGUGAUGGCCGUGGAGGGAGGAUGAACGCCGCCACCACGACGUGCUUAGACUGUAAAGGCGAGGGUGUGAAGCUGACUUACCAGCAGCUGGGUCCGGGCCUGAUGGAGAUGCACGGGACCUGCUCAGCCUGCGGGGGCAGCGGCAGGACCAUCGCCGAGAAGGACCGUUGUGCGACUUGCAAAGGGAACUGUACCGUAAAAGACACUAAAAUAACCAAGGUGCACGUUGAGAGAGGCAUGAGGAACGGCUCCCGGAUCAUGCUGAAGGGCGAGGGAGACCAGGACGCGGGGCAGCAGCAGCCGGGCGACGUGGUGAUCAUCCUGCAGGAGAAGGCACACGACACCUACGCCAGGAAGGGACUUGAUCUGCACAUGGAGAUGAAGAUCAGCCUGACGGAGUCCCUUUGCGGGCUGCGUCGACCCAUCACCACGCUGGACGGCCGCUGUCUAGUACUGAGGCAGCCACCUAGCGUGGUGCUAAUGCCGGACGGCGAGCUGCGGGUACCUUGUGAGGGGCUGCCAAUGCUCGGGAACCCGUACGUACGCGGGGACCUGGUUGUGAAGUUUACGGUGGACUUACCGGAGCGGGUGGACGCGGCCUUUCUGCAAGAGUUCGAGUCAAUGUUCCCGCGGGAGACGGGACCGUUGGAGCUGAACGGUGAGGAGGAGCAGGUCACUAUGAUGCCUUUUGAAGGAGCAGGGGAAGAAGAAGGAAGAGGAAGGCGUUCCAGGAGUCACAACCCGUACGAAGAAGAGCCCAUGGAGACAGACGAUCAGCCUCCAGGUUGUCGCCAAUCGUAGGUCGUCCCAGUCGUCCGUCAAGGCUCGCUCUCUGACGCUAACGGCUUGGACUUGGUGGUUAUGGGGUGAAUAGGGCGGCGGGAGACCUCAGCAGGGGACUGAAGGGUGAGAAUGACCUCAAAUGUUUAGUGUCAUGCUCGACACCUUGUGCUUAUAAGAUAUCACCAAAAUUGUAGCCUGAUUUGAUGCCUUUUUCCACACCUUGAAUGUAAAAGAAAAAUAUGACUAAUCUUUCUUUUACGGUUUUUAACCUUCUAUGAUUGGAUCACUCCUGUACUUAUGUGUGGGUGGUUCCGUCAAGCUUAGCCUUAGUCAGGCGUAGGCUGCUCAGCACCCCGAUGAUUUGCUGCAACACUACAAAGCAAAUAGGAAGUAAUGUUCGAUUAUUUGUAUUGAAAUUUUGUGAAAGUAAGGGAUGAGAUAUGUCAUUGCUAUGCAAAAUAAAUCGGAAAAUUUUAGUAA